AGGAAUUCUCGAAAAUGGCAAACAGUGUCGUUAACGUGAGUGAUAUAAAGGACGAAGAAGCCGAUGAUGGUUUACUUUUGCUAGUCGGUGAAGAUGGUACAGUAACACCAGAUCAGGAUACCGUUGAAAAUUAUUUAAGACAAAGAAACGGGCCUACAAAUUUGCAAAUCAUGAAAUUCAAUAGAUCUGAAAAGCAAGGCAUCGAUAUCACUGUUGAUAAUGUAACUUUCAUACCAGAUGCUGUAAAUGAAGAAAUAAUUAGAUGUGACAUGGAUGAGGUAGCUAGGAAUUUAUAUAAUUUUCGUUUAGAUCAUGAUUAUACGCCGUUAACUUCGCCAAAAAGAAUUUUUACUGAAGACGAAGAUGAGUUAGUCAAGACUUUAAGUAUAUUAGACGGCUCAAAUGCGGCUGAACACGUUUUAUCCGGUAUGGAACUCUCAGAGCCUCCUCCGUUAAUAAUGGCGAACACGGCAAAGUCGAAACCCAAGGUUCGGAUAAUUCAGAGUAUAACUUUAACUCCGAACAAUUUAACAAGCACAAGUACUACAUCUGUACCGAAAACGAAACCCGAAUUAGUACCUUCGGUCCAGAAUGAAGUUAAAUCUUCGAUCGGAGAAGUAGAAUCGGAAAUGCCGGCUUUAGAGCCUAUGUUGGAUGACUUUUCGAGCGAUUCUAGUAAAUUAAAAACGAAGACCGUAAGAACUAAAAUUCCAGCUAAAUCGCUAAAACCUAAAUCCGAUAAUGAGAAAGAACCCGAAGAAGAUAGUCAAGAUGAGGAUUAUUUAGACGAUAAUAAGGAUGUAUCGAUGGAUGAUGAUACAGACGAUUCAGAUUUUGUCGCAGACGACGGGGAAACCAAGCAAAAUAUCGCCUCGAGGAGGCGCUCUCGUGUAAGAUCACAAUCUAAAUUCAACAAGACAAUAAAAACCCCUAAGGGUAAACGUCGAGAAACAAAAUCCGCCAUAUCUCCGGAUAAUAAAGAAGAAAAAUAUCAGGAGAAGAGCGAUGCAACAAAAUCCGAAGAAAAGCUAUCAGACAAUAAGAAACCCGAAGAAUCAGACUCUAAAACUCCAGAAAAGAAGCCCGUUAAAAAGGAAAAGAAACCUCCAAAGCCCAUACCGAAUGACUUUGCUCUGUUUUCUACGCCCGAUAUAAUCAGAAGGGUGGGUGGCAAAGAGCCAACUACCCCGAUCACUCCGGAACCCGUUCCUAAUAAACCCGCGAAAAUCGGCCUGCAACAACCGAGAAAAUCCGUCGAUCAGCUGCAGUCUUUAAAUAAAAGCAGGAAAAGCACGGAAGACGCGGAAAAAGAGAAAUACAAAGAAAAAGACAAGCCGAUGGAGUGUAGGAACGAAAGAAGAAUAAGCAGCGGCGAUUACAAGUUCAAAAGGUUAAGUGUAGACGAAAAAAUUAAAUCCAAGGAUGUAAAAUCUGAACGAAGGAUAUCUGACGCGAAGAAACCGGACAAACCUAAAGAAUCUACAGAUUUAUCAAGCGACGAUUUCAGAAAUAGUAUCCUAAACGAUGACACUAAACCAUUCCCAAUGGAUGCAACUUCAUUAAACAACAUUGAAACAGCCCUGGACGCCUCUGGAUUGGAUUUGGAUCCUGCAUUGUUGGAAAAUUUGAACAACGAUGAAAUUUCCGAGGACAUUCUGUAUCAAGUUGCCCAGUCGUUGGUUUCUAAUCCAGAAAUACAAAAUGCCAUUGACAAAGGUAUUAACGAUGGGGUUCUGGAUCCGAUGACAGUUGACAAUGUGGUAUCCAGUCCCAGUAUAAUUCUAGCUCCUACUGAUGAUGGCUCUAGUCCAGGAAGUAAACAAAUUGUUAGGCCAGACGGUAGAGUUGUUAUAAUACCUCCGAUUGAAAGGCCUACGACUAGAAGUAGGAAUAAGAAAACCGAAGAGACAAAACCUAUCUCCAAGCCCGUAUGCAAACCUUUAGACGAGGAACACGUGUCCGGUAAUGAACUGGAUAGCUCAAACGAAGAAGAGGAGGAGGAGGAAGAAGAGGAAUCCGAAGAUGAUCCGAAUAAACUUUGGUGCAUUUGCAAUCAACCUCACAAUAACAGAUUCAUGAUUUGUUGCGAUACUUGCGAGGAAUGGUACCACGGAAAAUGCGUCAAUAUAUCUAAAAGUAUGGGCCAGCAAAUGGAAUCCGAAGGUAAAGAAUGGAUAUGCCUCUUCUGCAAGGAUCCCAAUUUGCAACGACCACAAGCAGCGGCAAGGCGAAUUCGCAAGGCUUCGAGAAAUUCCAGAACUUCGACGGACAGUUCGGGAAGUUUAGCCAAAAAAGCGGAGUCUUCCGUAGGCGCAAUACCUUGCGUCGUUUGCCAGAAACCAUCCAGGAAGAAUUCCAUUUAUUGCAGCGAGGAAUGCAUUUUAAUGCACGCUCAAGGAGUAGAAAGGGUUGUUGUUUUUGAACGAUCUACUGGGAAAAUGUUGACUGGAAAUAAAGCGCCCAGCGCAUCGAAUUUAAGCCAAUGGCUCAAAGAACAUCCCGGUUACGAGGUAGUCAGAUCUGGCGGGAAAGUUGUAACAGCGAAAGCUGGCAACCUAACGCAAACUAAAUUGAAGUUGGUUAAAAACGCCAACAAUCACGGCGUCUCUCUAGCUGUUCAAAAGAAAGGUGGCGUCAAUGUCGGCAUCAUCCGGCACUCUCCUAAGCAACAGCAACACCAGCAAGUGAAGUCUGUGUUGAAAGCGUCGAUAAUAGGGACAAAGCAACCGAUGACCAAGCCCCAACCGAACAAAGAAUCUCCCAAGCCGAAGUUCACGCUGGAUCCCGAGAAGGCUUCGCCUCCGGGCACUUCCAAGUUGCCCAGAACGCUGCAGACCACGUUGAACAAAGCGUUGAAACCCAACGUGGACAAGUUGCUGAAGAGCCCGCCGUUGAACAAAGAAAAGUUUCUCAUGAGCAAAGAGAAAGCCUUGAAUGUUACUCCUAAAGAGAAGCCAAUAGUCAGAACGCCGAAACCCAAGAAGGUGGACAGGGACGAAACGACUCCACAAAAACCGCAAGAAAAUAUCAGAGAAAACGUACAAAAGACCGUAUUUGAGCAACUAUUGAACCGCCUCAAAGGCGUAGAAGAUCUAAAAUUAACGGAAGAUGAAGUGAAAUCUAUGUCUAUAGAAAUCGAAUCUCAGUUGUAUAAAUGUUUCGGUGACACCGGCCAGAAAUACAGGAACAAAUACAGAAGUUUAAUUUUCAACAUCAAAGACGUUAAAAACCAAACGUUGUGGAGAAGAAUUUGCGAAAAAACAAUAAAUCCUUACGAAUUGGUCAGGCUAUCUACCGACGACAUGGCUAAUCAGGAAUUGGCCCAAUGGCGAGAAAAGGAAGCCAAACAUCAAUUAGACAUGAUCAAAAAAUCCGAACUGGAACUUCUCAAUUGCAACAGGCAAUACGUUUUAAAAACGCACAAAGGCGAACAAGUCGUCGAAGAUGCCAUCACCAGUAAAAUGGACAACAUGGAAGUAAUCAAAAGCUUAACGGAAGGCUCCGCACUGGAUACAGGCGAUUCCAGAAGAGACAACUCCAAGGAACGCGACAAGAAAAGCUCGAAACACGGCCACAAAGACAGGGACAAAAAGAAUAACAAAGACAAAGAUCACCGAAGUCACAGGUCGUCAAGCAAAGAACGUGAUAAGGAGCGAAGUAGAAGACGGUCGAGAAGCCGAGACCGAAAACGCGGCGACAGAAAGAAACGAUCGUAUUCGAAGGAAACCGACAGAAGCAGAAAUCGAAAAUCGUCUCACAAAUCGUCGCGCAACAAGAAAGAUCUCAUUUCGACUACGGACGUACUAAACAAGAAGGCUAAAGAAAUACUCGAGCAACUCGUCGAUAAAAAUAUCGUAGCUCCUUUGGAAGAGGAGCGAUUGUGGAAGCACGUACUGCAAGAGGAUAUCGUUCCGAGUAACGCUGCUGAAAGUGAUAGCGAUCACGAGCCUACUUCAACUGUAACCAUUCCUACACCUCCGAGGAUUCCCGAGAGCGAAGAAGAAAAGACUGUUCCUACGACUCCUGAAAAAGAAAAGGAACCGAGCAGUUUCACAAAAAGCACAUCUCCCCCGCCUACAAUUAAACCAGCGGAAAUAUGGAGAGGUGUUAUUAAUAUGAUAGACGUUGCUGAGAUAUCUAUCACAGCACACGAAGUUUCUGGCGAUUGUUCUGGAUUGAACAAAGAACUUUCACCCAAUUUGGAUAUAGUAGGUAGAAUAUCGCCCGAUACCGUUUGGGACUACAUCGGCAAAAUGAAGUGCUCGAACAGCAAAGGAAUCUCGCUGAUUCGAUUAAACGCCACAAACAUGGAGGAAAAAAUGCCCUAUUUAGCCUUGUACAGUUACUUGAGCAGCAGGGACAGAUUGGGCGUCGUGAAGAGUUUGAACAAAGCCGUCAAAGACUUCUAUAUCUAUCCGCUGGCGCCGCAAAAACCCAUUCCCCAAGUUCUGCUACCGUUGAAUGGACCAGGAUUCGAAGAAUCGAGGCCGGCUCUUCUGCUGGGCAUUAUCGUGCGAGAUAAGAGAAAAAGACCGUACGGUGAAGCGGUACCGGCUGUUAGCAGUAAAAAGAGCCGGAUCGAGACUCCACCUUUACCCGUCGUGCCGCCGCCAGUCGUACCGCCUCCGCCGCCCUCGAGAUCUUACACGCCGCCGCCCGUUAAAGAUCCGCGCUUGCCUAAAAUCCCUGCCUUGAUUAUGCCGCCCGCUUUGAGAGAAACCACGCCGCCGGCCGUUUCGGAAGGAGACGAGCCUUAUAGUCCGGGAGACUCUUCGGAUAACUCGCCCAUCUCCGAGGUGCCUCUGUUGAACGCGGCGACUGCACCGCCUCUUCUGCAACCAUCGAUUUUGGAUACACCUACAUCUACUUUCACCGCUAUACCUGGCCUUACGGGUAGCUUGCCUUCGAGUACCCUCGAAGUACAGAGGCAGAUUGAGGAGUUGAAUAAGAAGAUCGAGAUGCAGAUGUCUGAAAUUAAUAGCAUGACCCAAAACAUUGUCAGCGCUUCGACGGAGAUUGGUACGACAGCCCUGGCGAAUAUCGCCCUACCGACUAAUCUCCAGCAAAUUCUAGAUAGCAUCAAAUCGAUAGGAGACACUACUGAUACGCCACCAGUUCCGAAGAACGACUCGCAAACGGAUCUUACUAUUCCUCUGUUGAUACCGAAACGGAAUAAUCGAGCAGCGAGCAGUACACCUAACCAGGUGCAGAACAGCGUGCCGGGGGAUACGAUACCUUUGAAGUUGCCGAACAAGCCGUUGAUAAAACCCCAUUUGGUGAAUUCCCCUCUGAUUGGUUCGCCUUUGGUCGAAGAAAAACCCAGUGUGCUUAGUUCGCUUACGGAGGAGGAGUUGAUUAAGAAGGCGGCGGAGAUGCUGGGCGAGCAGGACGUGACGGACGAUAAGGAGGAAAGGGUGAAUGUGUCGGGACCCAGUGCUAAAAGGGCUAAAAUAAGUCUACCGGGGGUUCCGGGCCUGGAAGACGAGGAGACGUAG